CUAUGGAACACAGAACUUAUGCACAGAACAGAUUUAGAGCAUCAGAGGGAGAUGACCAAUGUGGCCUAUUUUUAUUGGAUGUUGUGCUUGUGCUUGUGUUAGGUUAGGUUAGAGUUUUCAAUUGUUAAAAUGUCUUUAAAAAGAUGUGUCUUUCAUGGGUGUGAAAACACUUCAGAAAAUAGUAAAGGAUUGGCAUUUUUUCGUUUUCCUAGACCUAAACCAGAGCUAGAGCAGUGGGUGUUAAGUUCAGGAAACAAAUCUCUUUCUACAGAUUAUUCCCAGGUAAAAAAUAAAGCUGUUUGUGCAAACCAUUUUGCCGAAAAAAGUUUUGCCGAUGCGACCAAAACAAAAUUGAACAGACAUGCAGUACCGCUCAAAUGGGUCAAGCAACAGGUCAAACCAAAAGUCAAACAUACGAAUAAAUUGGAAGCGGUUUUGCCUUCCAAACGGCAUGAAGUGGUCGUACAAAAAAGGCAUCAGUCCAGAAGGGCUGCGAGUAAAGAAGCCCUCAAGCAAAUGCAGAUUUUGCUCGAGGAUGAAAAUGAUACUGUUGAAAUACCAGAUGAUGAUGAUGUUAUUCCAGUUCCUGUUGUUGUUUCUCCACCGAGAAAAAAAUACAAGCUUUCUCACCGAAAAUCUUCUGAUGGAAAUGAUAGAGAAGUUUUGGUGCUUAAAAGCAUUACUCCUAACAUAACCAAUCACAAUGUCGAGAACAAUUUGGAACUUGAAUGUUGGGUAGAGGAAUUGGAGCCCUGCCAGAAAGAAAGAAAUAAGAAAUUAGAGGAAGAAUAUAAAGCUAUACAGGAAAAAUUAGAUGAGUUGGUGAAAGCUUGCAAGGGUGAAGUGGUGCACAAAGGUGAUCUGACUACCGUCAUUGAAGUAUCGGAGAAUGUUCAAAAAACAAUUCAUGCUGUACAAGCAUCGAAUAACAAGCAACCGAAUAUAAUCCUAAAUAGUAGCAUUGCGAAUCCCCAAUCCGGUUAUCAGCUUGUGAUGGAUCCAAGAUUGGGUCUUGUGUUGGGAAUGGGUCAGCAACCAGCUCAAACACCUCCUAAGCAAUUGGGAAAAGUUCAGGUAUCUCCUAGUGUACAGCCUGCCACACCGCCGACAGCGCAAGUCACUCCCACAAGAACAGGAAGAACUCGCGGAAAGAAGCAGAUUUCUGUAUUGCAACCGACGCCACCUCCUCCACCAGUGACAGUUACUACCAGAUCUGUGGGUAAUGCCAAGCAAUCGAAUAAGGGAAGACCUCCCGCCCAGCCGUUGCCUCAACCCACACCGCCAGCUACCAGGUCUAGAGGCAAUGUCAAUUUUAGCACGACCGUCGUGUCUGUCAAACCGACGGAAACUAACGUUGAGGGCGGUCUUAGCACCGGCGCCAGCGCCAAGUCCAAAGCCAUCGUCGACCUUACAGCGGACGACGGCAAACAUUUGCCUGACAGCAGAGAAAUAUCCUUCAACAAGCUGCAGGGCAAGACGUUCCCCUCUUUGGUCGUGGUGGCCAGGCCUCAUUUCAGAGUGACAGACGUCAAUAGUGACAGGGUCAAGUUGGACACGAAGGUCAAGGCGGUUUUGAUGUACCAACCGGCCAAGUUUACUGAAUGGUUGAUACAGCAGGGACUGAUCAAAUCUAAGCAGGUCUGCUCGACGCACGGUAGCCAACUGAAGUUGGGCAUGUACAGUGACGUGAGCAAGUUUCCUUAUUCGGGAGGCUACGUCUGGAUAUCGGAAUGCUGCCCGCAAAAGUUCGUGUCCGUUUUUAGCGGUUCCAUAUUCGAGGGCUCCCCGCAUCCGCCUCUCGUUAUUUUGAAAAUACUGUACCACUGGGCCUGUCAGACCAACAUCCAGAACGUUACGCAGUGGGUUAAAGUAGACAACUUAUAUGUAAAAGGAAUGUAUACAUGGCUCAGAGCAGCCUGUACUGUCGCCUUACAUACGUACAUCAGACAACUAGGCGGCUCGCAAUGUAAGGUAGAGGUUGGAGUUAUCUCGCUAGGAACGACGUCACAAGAUGGCAAUUCGCGACAAGUCAAGGUGGAAGUUCUGGGUAUUUUAGAAGUAGCCACCAAAUUAGUCAGAUUGAAAGCCGUCGAACCUCUGGCCGAAGGAGACAGGAAUUACAAGAGGCGUUUUUCGAAGAUUCUCGAACCUUUGGUUCAGUGGGUUCAUCCCAGCAGUGUUAUAGUCACCGACCUGACAGUGGAUAAAGCCACUUUAGUCCAAAUGGGCUUUAACCAUGUGGUACAGUCCACUUCUAUGGAUUCGAAUAAUUCGAAUAGAACGAUUAUGGAGUAUUUGAGGAGGAUCGUGCCUAGGAUGUUCCAGAAUACGCUUUCGUUACUUUCAAGGCAAAUAAUCCAGCAGUUCCUGGACGAGCUGGUGUGGCGCGAAUGGUUCGGCACCACCUCGAUGCAGGCCUUCGACAACCUGGUGGUGCACCUGGCCGAGCAAACGCGCCAGACGCAGGGCGGCAACAGCCUCUUCGUGCGCCUCAACAAGGUGGCCAUGAACCCGUUCCGCAGCUGGGCGCUGACGCCGGCUCCCGUCCAGCCGGGAACCGUGGCUCCGCCGGCUCAGCAGCAGCAGCCAGCGCCUAAGCCGGCGCCCAAAGCGGCACCGGUGGUCCAGCCGCCGGCCAAGGCGCCGGAAGCGGUCUCUGUAGUGAAGAAACGUAAAAGAAAAGAACCAGAAUCGCCUAAACCCCCACCACCAACCAACACCGAAAUGAACCGACCCCCGAAAUCUACAUCGCCUGACGUACCCGAGCAAAUGGUACCGUUAGAAAAUUACUAUUACGGUACCAUUGAUAAUUAUCCGCCCAGAACCAACAUAACCUUGAACAUGAAGUGUUCCUUUUGCAAGGAGACCUUUAACAACAACAUUGUUCUGAUGAAUCAUUUGUUCAAGCACGCGCAUAACGUGUCCAAGGACGGGCAGAUGUGUCGGUACUGUUUGGCCAGCGUGUCUACGGCAAACGAUUUACUGAAGCACAUAGCUACUGCUCAUCCUGUCGAGACCAAACACGAUAACGGGUUUGUAUGCCUGAUUUGCGAGACCCAGUAUAUGAAUCCAUUUGUUCUGGGUAAACAUAUGUCCAAAGAGCAUGGUCCAUCUGAACUGCCAUAUCAGUGUGGUACUUGUGGAUAUAGGUGCUCAAAUCAUAGACAGGUUAUCGACCAUUUCUACAAACAGCACGACAACGGUCCCACAAUCCAGUGCCCCUUCUGCCUAAAAUCUACCACAGUAUUCUCGGCCUCUCGCAACAUUGUCCAGAACAUGAGCUACUUCAUACAACAUUUACAGAAACAUCAAAAGAAACAAUUUGCGAAAAGAUGCGGAAAGUGCAACCUAUGGUUCGUCCAGAAAGAGGUUUUGAAGGACCACCAAAUGAAAAUGCACGCGUCUCAGCGAGGCAAAACCGGUCUCAUCAGUUGGGUUGCGCCUAGGAACGGUGUUAUGGUACCCAAAUCGAAAAUGGACAUUUAUCCGUGCGACGCCGAAGGAAUUAAUUUCAACACGCUCUUCUUCAACUUGUCCAAGAAUUUGAAAUGUAAAGAAUGCAAUUCACUGAUGGAUAGUCCUAAGCAUUUUCCCUCUUUCGAAAGUUGUCAAAAUCCCAAUUGCCAGUACUCUACUUGUUGUUCUAACGCCAUGCAAGAGCACAAUGCAAAGUGUAGUAAAACAUUUCAGGCUCACAUUUCAGAAGAUCCUCUACCUUACGAAAUGUUUUGCAUUUGUGGAUACAGAAGUAGAGAUGGCAAUCAAAUGGCUAAUCAUUUAGCGAUAUGCGAAAGAAAAUCCGCUUAUCCAUCGGUGACCGACGCGAAGAGCGCCUCAGUUACGCACAGCAUGCUUGACGUCCUAGGUUUGGUAAGAAAACCGGACGAGACAGACAAGAAUACUAGUUUUAAGAGCGGGAGAUCUACAAGCAAAGCAGAUUCGAGGAAUUUUGAAGAGAAUCAGUCUCCAAGACCGGCCUCUAAGAAAAUUAGAAGGGCUAAAUUGCUGGAUCAUCAUGAAACUACCACUGAAAAACUAAAAUCCGUCGAAAAGACUGAAAGCAGCUCGCCGGUAACUGUGGUGCUUGACGACGAUGUUGAACCCGUUGCUGCAUCCUCUGUUGUAGAUUUAGUGGAGUCUGAUGAAAAGGCGACAGCUUCAUCAAAUGAUACAGAAGAAACUAAAACUAUAGAUCUUGACGAUGAUGUUGAAAUGGAAGAUAAAAGUGUAACCAAGGAAUCCAGUACGAGUGAAGAAACAGAAAAGGUAUCUGAAGAAUCGGCAGAAAAAUCAUUGGAUCAAACUGAAGAGAACAGUGUUACAAAUACAACUGAAACCCUAGAAAAUAAAGAUACCGACGAACCAGUUGCGUUAGGUGAAUCUGAAAAUAAUGAAGCAGCAAUUGAAAAAGAUGAGGAACACGAAAAAAAAUCUGAUCACUCAUUAAAUGAAAACGCCAUAGAAAAAGUUUCAGACAGUGAAGAUCCUGGUGUAUCUUCUUCAACCGAAGAAAUUGCUCAAAAUGUUACAGAUGAUAAAAUAGAUGAAGAAAAUCAGAUCUCUGAAACUAAAAAUGAUGAUACAGAUGCGGCUAGUGUUGUUGAUAAACCAGAAGCUGAGAUAUUGGAAUCUAAAGAUGAUACAGAUGCAGUAGAUAAUCGAGACGAUUCAGAAAAAGAGCUGUUGGAAUCUAGAAAUGAUACAGAAGAAUCUAAAAAUGAUGUAGAUGAUUCAGAAAUUCAGAUGUUGGAGUCGAAGGAUGAUACAGGAACAGUAGAAAAUCUGAAUAAUUCAGAAAAAGAGCUGUUGGAAUCUAGAGAUGAUACAGAUGCAGUUGAUGAUGUGGAUAAUUUAGAUAAUCAGAUGCUGGAAUCUAAAAACGAUACAGGCGUAGCUGAUAAUUUAGAUCGUUCAGAAAAUGAGUGGUUGGAGUCUAAAGAUGAUACAGAAGUAACUGGUAAUUUAGAUCGUUCAGAAAAUGAGUUGUUGGAGUCUAAAGAUGAUACAAAUGUAGCUGGUAAUUUGGAUAAUUCAGACACUGAGUUGUUGGGGUCUAAAGAUGAUACAGAAGUAGAUGAUAAUCUGGAUAGUCAAUUAGUGCAAUCUAAAGAUGAUGAAAUAGAGAAUCUGAUUUCUGAUUCCAUUGAUGAAUCUAAAAAUAAUGAUGCAGACAUAACAACUGGUGAAGAUUAUGAAAGCAAAUUAGAUACAGCAGAAGAAUUGGGCGAACCUAGUAAUCAAGAAAUGUCUGAAUAUGACAGUGCUGUCAGAGAGGACGUGGACAAACAAUUAACUGACUCACAGGGCUCAGAAAUCGGUAGCUCGGCUCAAGAAAAUGUUAUUACUGAAUUAGACCAGGUCAAAGAUAUUCCUUUACCUGAUGUUACCGAAGAUGAGUUUUCUUCUGAGUAUGAGAAAGGGUCAGAAUUUACUGAAGCGAGUGAUGCAAUUGACGAAAAAGAUGAUCACGUGAUUUCUGAGCAAGAAACUCUCGUUCAAGAACAACCAGUUGUUGAAACUUCUUCAAGUAUUGAACCCAGUAAUAGUGAAGCUGUGGAAAAAAUGGAUGAAAGUGCUCCAAUGGAGGUUGAUAGUAGUUCCAACUUGGGGGCAACAGAGGCUGUAACUCCAAUGGAUGUUGAUGAUUAAUUUCGUUUUUGUAGCAGAGAUUGGCGUUUAUGCGUCUCUGCGCUUUUUUCACGUUUUUGGUUAAAAAAAUUAUGCGUAGAAAACAUAAAACGUAAAAAAUUUAAUACAGUUUUCUGCCGAAAUAUGGAUUUCUGCACAAAAUAAAUACAGUAUGAUCGAGAAAACGGUGUUCAGUUGGCUUGGAAAUGUCGAUCGAUGACAUUUCCCAUAUAAUUUUACAUAUAAAAUGACAGCGAUCUUCAUUUCAAAGCCAUCGCUGACUGAAAUGUUAUUAACAGUUAACAGCGUUUUAAUAGAUACUUUACAAAUCUAUGGGCAUCCUUUUUUACUUUUUUUUUACAAUGUAAGAAGCUAUAAAGUUGUUUUACUCACCCGUCCCUGCUUUAUAAUACAGUAUGAUCAAAAAGUUCUAUGAUCAAGUGUACUGUGUAUGAUGAUACAGGUAAAUAAUUCUUAUGGGAAUUAAGAGUUUGACUCUUUUUUAACUGUCAAAAUAAAAGCCUACUUGAUGAUAAAACUUUUGAUAUGUACAGUAAUAUUUUAAGUAAAAGUCUGGGGAGUUUCUUGAAUUUUUUUUGUUAAACAAAUUUUACUGUUUUGUUCCUCCAUCCCAAAAUGUAUAUAGAAAUAUAUGUAGUUUAUAAGAUUAAAAGUUUAUUUGAUUAGGUUAGAUACAUAUUAUGUAACCUUAUUUGUAAUAUAAAACUAGAAAUCGUAUUGUUUUUUAUAAAUAGUUUUAAGAAAAAUUGCUUUAAUUUUGUUUCAUUCUGAUAUAUAGUUCUUCUCAAGUGACUUUUCCAAAUGUGGUGUAGAGUCUGUCCAACGGGUAAGGGCAGGUUCGACAGAUGACAUCCAAAAAAUGAUAAUUAAAAUGACAGAACUGUCACUGUCAUACAUUAUCUCGUUGAACAGACUUAACUAUAUUUCUUCAACGAGAGAAUAAUAUGUCAGUUCAGUUGUAAAAAAAAUAUUUUUUUUCUCAAUUUUAGAUAGUAAGGAAUGUGCGAUAACGCUUUUCUUUUUAUGCUUCGAUGUAAAAAGCAUUUCACGUAAAAUAAACUAAUGAGAAAAA